UCCCCAAUUGAUUUCCAUCCACAAAAUAAUUAUUUUGGAACUUAGAAUUUGUCACUAAUAAUGGUGACUUGUACACGUUCUUUGGCGUUGGUAGUCAAUAUAAGCACAAAUCUAAGCUCCCAAUUCUCCCGGUCAAAAUUCAGCUUCCUCGUGCUCCCUUUGUUUCUUCUUCAGCUUUAUCAUGGCUUCGCCUCAUGAAGGUGGGAUAGACAUAGAGAAAUGUUUUUCCAGUCCAAUAGCCAACCAGAAUCCUUUAGCAGAGCCAUCGUCAACCCCGUCACCAUCUUCAACAGCCCCGGCUCUUGUUCUUUCCAAUUCCGGGAAGAGAAUUGACCAAACAGGGAAAAAGAAAUACGUGAAGCAAGUGACCGGGAGGCACAACGACACUUCCCUUCAUUUGGCAGCUCAAAAGGGUGAUCUGGCAUUAGUGAAGCGAAUACUUGAUGACAUUGAGUCCCAAAUCAUGGGCACACUGAGUGGAGCUGAGUUUGAACAGGAGGUGGCCGAGAUAAGAGCGUAUGUAGUUAAUGAGGUAAAUGAGUUGGAUGAGACAGCAUUGUUCAUGGCAGCUGAAAAGGGGAAUCUUGAGGUUGUAAAGGAGUUGUUGAAGUACUCAAAUAAAGAAACUCUUACUCAGAAGAAUAAAUCGUUGCUUGACCCUCUUCACGUUGCUGCAAGCCAGGGACACCAUGCCAUUGUGCAAGUGUUAUUGGAUCAUGACCCCGAACUAAGCAAAACUGUGGGACCCUCAAAUGCAACGCCUCUUAUAACAGCGGCAUCAAGAGGGCAUACAUCUGUGGUCAAUGAGUUGCUUGCAAAGGAUUGCACCUUAGUUGAGAUUUUGAGAUCCAAUGGGAAGAAUGCAUUGCAUUUAGCUGCCCGACAUGGGCACGUGGAUGUUGUGAAGGUCUUGCUUGAAAAAGAUCCUCAACUGGCACGAAGGACAGACAAGAAGGGGCAGACAGCACUUCACAUGGCCGUGAAAGGAGUUAACUGUGAUGUGGUGAAGCUACUGCUUGAUGCUGAUGCAGCUAUCGUCAUGCUUCCUGACAAGGAUGGGAAUACGGCGUUACAUGUGGCCACCAGGAAAAAACGUGUGGAGAUAGUGAACGAGUUGCUUCGCUUGCCUGACAUGAAUGUCAAUGCACUCACCAGAGAUCAUAAAACAGCACUUGACAUUGCUGAAGAUCUUCCCCUCACUGAGGAUUCCUCCGAGAUAAAGGAGUGCCUAUGUCGUUUCGGUGCUUUGAGGGCCAAUGACCUAAACCAACCCAGAGAUGAACUGAGGAAAACCGUGACUGAAAUCAAGAACGACAUCCACACCCAGCUUGAACAAACCAAGAGGACGAACAAAAACGUUCAUGGAAUCGCCAAAGAGAUCAGAAAACUCCAUCGCGAAGGCAUCAACAAUGCCACAAAUUCAGUGACUGUCGUUGCUGUCCUUUUUGCAACGGUCGCCUUUGCCGCCAUUUUCACCGUCCCCGGUGGGGACAAUGAUGACGGGGUGGCGGUGGUCGUCAGGCGUACGUCUUUCAAGAUUUUCUUCAUCUUCAACGCUGUUGCCCUCUUCACCUCUCUUGCUGUGGUCGUGGUCCAAAUCACGUUGGUUAGAGGGGAGACGAAAGCUGAGAAGAGAGUGGUGAAGGUGAUUAACAAGUUAAUGUGGUUGGCUUCCGUGUGCACAUCGGUGGCAUUCAUUGCAUCAUCUUACAUAGUGGUUGGACGGAAGAAUAGGUGGGCCGCAAUAUUGGUCACACUUGUCGGUGGGACUAUAAUGGUGGGCGUUCUUGGGACCAUGACUUACUAUGUGUGUAAGUCUAGAAGAACACGGUCUAUAAGGAAAAGGGAGAAGCGUGGGAGUGUCUCCACUUCAUGGCAGCACUAUGACUUCUCGGACACUGACAUGGAAAGGAUUUAUGCUCUCUGAGCAUUGAGUAUUGCUAACUUCAGCAUAGAAUUGGGUGUUUUUUUCUCUAAAAGAGAAGGAAUUGUAUUUAGGAAAAGUAAACUUUCCAGAUGGUAUAGAUGCAUGCGGGGCGGGGUGAACUCUCAUUUUUCCAAUAAGAUGUUAAUGCUUUGUACAUGCUGUAAAAGUAAUAUCCUGUAACCUGUGAGAUUGCUGUCCAAAUGUCCAACAGUGUCUCAGUCAUGUAGAAGUAAACUUGAUAUUUUAACCAAGGCCUUUAUUCAGGUUUAUGUAAGUAUCAUAAAGCACGUAGAAUUUUUGUGUCAUCUCUUUUUGAGCCAUCUAGCAUCC